GAGUUAGCUAACGGUUCUGUUAGCUAGUAAUGCAGCCAACUUAGCAUCAACUCCCGGAAAUAAUAUUUAUCGUCCUUUCUGUAAUAAAUUGUCAAAAAGGUCCGCAUCAGCUAUUAGGACAUGGCUUAUUUAAGGUUAGCCAAACAGACUGAUCGACAUAUUAUCGUUUAGUAGUUUCACUUGUGUCGAAGGUUUGAUAAUUUUAUUAGCUUGUUAAACUAGCGUUAGCUGCUUUAACGUUAGUGUUAGUGCGGUUUAAUGACCAAUAAAUUAACCUCAACUAAUUUACGUAUAUUCGCGGCUAAAAUACUUGUCAACCGGCAAACGGGAUAAAAUAUUUUUUUAUUUUAGCUGUUUUCAAUAUAGUGGAGGGCAGACUCGCGUUAACCUAUCUAGCUAUUACAUUGGAACUUGAUGUUGAUUCUUGGUCCGGUAAAACUAUAUCCUCCCCUCCGUUCCAUUCUUUAUGAAUGGAAGAGAAGAGUCCAGAGUUGCACUCGGGUUCCCAGAUUUUGGAUUCGAUCCAGAGUGAGCUGACAUUAAAUUUAAGGUUACAUGCACUUGUCGGAGUGGGACCUUUAACCCUUAUAACAGCCACCAGUGCCAAACUGGAGGAGGUGUGUGUGUGUUGAACCCUGACUGGUUUCUAUAUUUAGUGUCCCAGUGAGUUUUUUUGCUCGGCCCCGGUAUGGCUCUGGCUUCUCCGGUGACAGUCCGGCCCGUCCUGCAGCUCUGCGGACUCCAGAUCUGUCAAACAGCGCUUCAGGUUUCAUCUCCACCAGCUACUACAGACCAAGAUCUGUUCCUCCACAUCAGAGCUCAUUAUUGCCUGGACCUGCUUGUUGCAUCUUCUCCAGAAACGCACUCUUUGCUGCAUAGUGGUGCCAUGCUGCCGGGAGGCUGUGGAUGAGAAAGUAUGUCGUCAGACUUUAACUCCAGAGAUGAUCUGGUGGAGAGGGGGUCCAUCCCCCUGGACAUCGACAAUGUCCACAUGCUGCUGCAGGUGGAACAAGAACAGAUUCAGAAGAGGACCUUCACCAACUGGGUCAACGCUCAGUUGUCAAAGCGGAGGCCACCAUGUAUGGUCAUGGAUCUGUUCACUGACUUCCGUGAUGGCUCCAAAUUGCUGGACCUGCUGGAGGUGAUGAGCGGCCAGCGCAUCAGUCGGGAGAGAGGCAGGGGAAUGUUUCAGCACAGAAGCAACAUUGAGAAAGCUCUCUCCUUUCUAAGGAAGAAAUCGAUCAAACUAGUCAACAUAAACAUUCCUGACAUCAUUGAUGGCAAACCGUCCAUCAUCCUGGGCCUCAUAUGGACAAUCAUUCUACAGUAUCAUAUCGAGGAGCUGGCCAGCUGCCUAUCAUUCGACUCACGUCAGUCCUCCAUGGAGUCUUUAGCCACUCUGGACUCACGCUCCACCCUGUCGAGCCGCUCGGCCAGCAGCAGUCCUGUUCCUCCCAGAGGCUCACCGCUACACAACCGCUUCAGGGUUUCUGCCAAGAAGGCCCUGCUGCUCUGGGUCCGGGAACAGUGUCACAAAGCUGGCUGUUCAAUAAAUGUGAAGGACUUCAAAUCAAGCUGGAGGAGUGGAGUUGUCUUCCUGGCGAUCCUGUAUGCUCUGCGGCCCGACCUGGUGGAUCUGUCCAAAGCCAGAACCAGAAGCAACAAACAGAACCUGGAGGAGGCCUUCCGCAUCGCAGAGAAAGAGUUGAGGAUCCCCAGACUGUUAGAGCCCGAUGAUGUGGACGUUCGAGACCCCGAUGAGAAGUCCAUCAUGACCUACGUGGCUCAGUUCCUGCAGUACUCCAGAGAUCUGCCAGUGCCAGAGGAAGAAAUGCAGACACAAUAUCUGACUCCUCCUAAAAGUCCUUCUCCUAUCAACCUGCCUGUUCACUACACUCCUGCUAUUUCUGCUUCACCUCUGCGACAGGCAACACCUGAUCGCAAGGCACAGGAAGUGACGUGCUGGCUGGUUCAGGCCUACGACGAGCUCCUAGAGGGAUGGGAUUCCACAGAAGGAGAGAGCUACUCAGAGAGAUACCAUGUAUUUCAGACCUUUCUGGUGUCCUUUAAUGAGCAGCGACGGCCCAUUAUGCCUUUGUUGACAGCGAUGAGACGAACCCCGAAACUGAGCGAAGAGCAGCGGGCUCUCAGAGAGGCGUGGGACACCCUCACUGAAAAGCUUCGUGAAUACAGAAUCGAGUUAGACAUGAGUCUUCCAGCUCCUUUGGAUUCAGUGGCUCGCUGGCUGCUGAGAACAGAGGGAGUUCUGGCCGAGGAGGAGGGUGACCCACAGGAUCAUGGCCGUGCUGCUGAUGAAGCAAGGGAGAAACAGGAGCUGCUCAAAGUUUGCCUAGAGGAGAUGCCACAGCAGGUGAAGACCUUCCAGUCCUUCCAAAACAUGGAUGAGGACGGAAACAUGACGGUUCCUACUGAUAAGAUGGAGGAGCUAAAGAGGAGGUUCACCAGUGUGAGAGUGACUGCCAAAUACCAUGGGAUCAAGCUGGAGUACCGUGAGCACCGACACACAGUUUUGGAUCUGUUGGGGCAAAUCAGGACCAAGCUCCGUGUCUGGAAGAGGCCUUACAUUUCUCCAGAGGCUGUCAGGGUGUUGCUGCAAGAAUGGCAUGAGCUGGUAAACACACAGGAGCUACCUUCACUGUUGGAAGCAGCUCUUCAUAAGUUGAAGCAGAUUUCUGAGAAAUAUUCAAGCAAAUCUGCCCUAGCUGCAGAUUAUCACCACGUCAGUCAGCAGGUGAAGCAGCUGGAGGAGGACACCGCCGUGGUACUGGAGGAGGUGAACACAGUCAAGAGCACCAUGGGACGGGUCCUGUCUACCUGGGACUCCUACAGCGACUGCCUCAGCUCCCUGCAGGCUUGGCUGGAGCAGGGCUCUGCAGCACUCAGCCCUGGCCACAGAGCAGAGGUGACGUCUGAAUCUAUGGCUGAAUGGGGCUCACGGCACGCCCACCUGAACGAGGUGGGUAACUUCCUGAUCGAGUCAACAGACCCUCAGACCAGCAGGAGCCUGGCAGAGGAGCUGCGCAGGCUCAACAUGCACUGGGCCGAGUUUGUCAAGAGAAACACUUUUGACAGCAUGGCUGAACCCAGUCCUAAUGUCCAGGCCAGACCCCAGGACCCCCAGGCUCUGAUCAGAGAGGCCACUCUUAUUCUCAAAGAGCCUCUGGAGGCGAUGGCAGGUCCUUUGCGCACCUACAGGAAAAGAAUACAGUUCAUAAUGAGGAAGCUAAAAGAGGUGGAUCUGGAUGCUCUGGCUCCCUCUCCAGAAUGCCCAGCAGAUCAGAUACAGAAACUGAAGCUUGCUAUACCUGAAGUGAUGCAGACCAUGUUUGAGGCAGAACAGGUUUGUGCAGAGCUGCAGCACAGUGUGUCUGGUUUGGACAGUCGCCUAGCUGAACUCCUGCACUGGGAGACAGAGGCCAGGGAGCUUUACCAGCUGCUGAGGGCUGCAGAGCGACAACGGCAACAGAGAGGCCAGGACCCACGAGCCAGGGUCCUGAUUUCCCGUGGUCUUCAGCUGGAGGGUCAGGUGGUAACCGAGGAACAGGACCUGCAGGUGAUGGUGAUGACAAAUCAGAAGAACUCUCCCAUCCAGUACCUUCAUGCCUCUGCCAUACAGGACCGAGUGCGAGCGGCUGUUGCUCAGUCACAGGAGGCUGUUGGUAUGCUGAGCAGCCUGGGAGCCAGAAGAGACAGAAGCAGAAGCCCUCCAGAAGGAACUCCUCCACCAAAAGUCUUUAUCCAGACUAAAGAAAAGCCUCAACAUCUGAGACAGUCAGACUCCAGGCAGCCAACUCAGCAGCCUGAGACAAAGUUAGUCUCUCAUCAGCGUCACGAAACCUUUGUUCCAAAGAUAGUGGUGCAAGAAUACAGAGAGGAAAAGAUGACUUCUCCUCCAAUGCCAUAUACCUACGCACAAGCUGUGAUGCAUACCAGGACAAAGUCACCACAAGAAGGUCAGCCUAAGGCCUGGUCAGAGACUGCUGAACGAAAACAACAACGGCAGACUCAGGAACAAGGAUUGAUAAUGCAGCAGCAGCAGCCACAGCAGCAAGAACAAUAUAACAGACAAAAGGAAAAAGAAUUACAACAGCAAGAACUCAAACAGCAGCAACCACAAGAAGUGCAACAACAAGAACUGAUGCCAACACAACCGACAACAACAGCAGCAGAAGCAGGAACAACAGGUGGAGCAGCAGCAGCAGAUGAAAUGCAUCAAUAUCAAGUUCAGCAGCAGGUGGUAACUCAUAUUCAGGUUGAAACACAAGUCAAACAGAUGCCAGAGCCUGACGAGCAGACUUCACCUCAACAGCCAGCUGUAAAGAAAGCGCAUUUAAGCUCCAGUGAGCUUCAAAGCAGAAAGUCACAGGCCCUGAGGAACCGGCCCUGGCUUCAAAAACCUGUCUCAGGAGAGAAUAAAAGUCCAGCUCAACAGGAUUCCACUCAGGAUCUAGUUCAGUCUACAGAGACACAGCCAAAGUCAGACAGAGAAGCAGCAUCAGUUCAGGUUGUUCAUCAGCCUACAGGAACUCCCAAGCCUCAGCCUGAGGCAAACGCCAAGGCUACCAAGCAGUCACAACAACAAAAAGAGCAACAAAAACAAACACAGCAACUGCAAAAUGAGCAACGUCAGCAGCGUCAACAAAAAGAGCAGAAAGAGCAACAACUACGGAAACUGGAAAAACAGCACAAGCAACAGGAACAGCAGGAACAACAGAAGCAAUCACAGCAAAUUGUAAGACAGGUACAACCAGACUCAGACACCAAGGCUAAAUCCCAGAGUAUAACUAGGGCUCAGCCUGACCCACAAACAAAGACACAACCCCAAACUACUGUUCAGUCUAUAUCUCAGGUAGUCCAAGUACAUUCGACAAGUGUGUCUCACACUACGGCAAACAGCAAGCAACCACUGAAAACCAUGCCACAAACCGAAGUGAGCCAUGGUCAGGCACAGGUUCUUCCACAACCCCAUGGUCCCAUGAAAACACAGACACAAUUACCGCUCCAGUCUCAGGGUCAGGCACAGUCCCAAACAGUUGUCCCAGAUGAACGUCAGCUAGGUAUGCAACCACAGGGUUCGCUCCAGGGUCUAGCUCAUGGUCCAGCUGUAGCUCACAUGCAGACGUGGGCUCAGGUCAGACCUUCUUCCCCUAUGCAGGCUCCACCACAGGGCCAAAUGCAGCUUCCUGUGCCAUCCCACAUUCAACUUCGUAGUCAUCCACAGUCAUGGGCCCCUGUUAGGCCCCCCUCUCCCAAGCCACCUACACAGACCCAGCCUCAAACCCAUACUCAAGCAAUCACUGAUCCUCAAACCCAUACUCUGUCAAUGACCCAGGCUCAAAGCCGUCCUCAGCCAGAUACACAGACUCAAAUCUGUGCUCAGUCCUUGGGCCAUUCUCAAACCCAUGCUCAGUCUAUAACCCAGGUGGCUCAAACUCAUCCUCAGUCCAGGGCCCAUCCUCAAACUCAUGCCCAAUCAAUGACCCAGGUUCAAACCCAUCCUCAGCCAAUGGCCCACACUCAAAUCCAUGCCCAGCCCAUGGUCCAGGCUCAAACCCAUCCUCAGCCAAUGCUCUGGACAAGUCAGGCCCAACCUUUGACUCAACAACAAACCCCAGCUCAACCUGUAGUUCAGCCUCAGGGUCUUUCUCAGCCUAUGACUCAGUAUUCCACAUAUGCUCAGCCACCCAUCCAGCAUCCAGGCCAUACCUCCCAGGGCCAGCUGCAGGCUUGGACUCAGACUCAGGUCAGAGCCUCAUCACCAAUGUCCGUCCAGAAUCCACAGGCUGCAGCACAACCUCAGCCUUAUCCCCAGGGUUACUCCCAGGCACAGUCUCCACCCCAGCAGUGGCCACCCAAACAAGAGCCACAAAAUCAAGCCUUUCCCCAGCAGAGACAUCCUGUUCCUCAGGCAUAUUAUCAGCAAACAGAUCAAACGCCACAAUCUCAGACCUAUCCACCAGUUCAGCCUCUACCUCAGUGGGCCCAGACUGGGCCUCAGCAAGGACCUCAGACAGUCCCCCCUCGAUAUUCCCACAUGGGGCCAUCAUAUUCUCAUCCUCAAAUGCAACCACAAACACAAACCCAACCCUGGGCUCAAAUACAACCCCAAAUGAGGCCACAGAGUCCCAUGCAACAACAACCACAGAUGAGAGAUUAUAGUGCUGUUCAGAUCCAGAUGCAACAAGGCCAAAUGCAGCAGCAGACUUGUGUUCAGCCACCACCCCAAGUCCAGCCCCAGCCUUAUCCACAGCCUUGGUCUCCGCAAUAUUCACAGAUUCCGCAUCAGCCCCAAACUCAGCAUCACCUUCAACCUCAAAUGCAACCUCAAAUACCUUUUCAGUCACAACCACCACAUCUAACCCAUCCUCAGCUUCCUUCACAACCACAUCUUCAAACUCAGCCGCAGGCUCAAUCCCAAACACACCAGACACACAUCCAGACACAGUCAUCAGUACAAGCAAAGCCCCUUGCCCAGACUCAGCAGCCUCAGCUCAGUCUUCAGUUCCAGGAGCCCCCACCACAACCCAAACAUCAGGCCCAGCUUCAACAACAGCUGAAAAUUCAGUCACCAACUCAACCAAAAGGUGAAUCAUCCUCACAACCCAAACCUCCGGCCCAAUUAGCACUACAACAAGAGGUUCAAUCUCCAACUCAAACUAAGGUUCAGUCACCAACCCAAUCCAAGAUUGGAUCACUGCCAGAACCUGUACUUGAGCACCAGUUGUCACCACAACCCAUUGCUCAGUCGCCAACCAAACCCAAGGCUGGAUCACCUCUGCAACCCAAGCCACAGUCCCAAAUACCACCACAACCUGAGACUCAAUCACUGCCAACUAAGGUUCAGUCACUGACCCAACCCAAGACUGGAUCACUGCCACAACCUGUACCUGAGCCCCAGUUGCCACCACAACCUGUGGCUCAGUCACCAACCAAGCCCAAGACUGGCUCACCCCCGCAAUCCAAACCACAGGCCCCAACAGCACCGCAAUCUGAGGCUCAAUCACCAACUCAAACCAAGGUUCACCCACCAACCCAACCCAAGACUGGAUCCCUGUCACAACCUGUACCUGAGCCCCAGUCCCCACUGCACCCCAUUGCUCAGUCACCAACCAAACCCAAGCCUGGAUCACCUCCACAACCCAAGCUGCAGGCCCAAACAGCACCACAAUCUGAGGCUCAAUCACCAGCUCAAAUCAAGGCUCAGUCAGCAACCCAACUCAAGUCCCAAUCUCUGCCACCCCUCAAACCUCAGGCACAGUUGCCACCACAGCCCCAACUUCAGGCUCAGUCACCACUGUUAGCCAAGGCCCAAACUGUAACACAUUCCAAUGCUCAGUCACCCCCACAGGCCAGACCUCAGAUCCAACCACUUGCACAAUCAAAACCUCAAACCCAGUCUCCUCCACAGCCCAAAACACAACAGCCCCAAACUAUUCUUCUCUCUCAGGUCAGUGUGCUGCCUCAGUCCCAGGCUGAUUCACCAGACCUCUGCAUCAAACCUCCAGUCCUGGCUCAGGUGCCUCCCCAGGCCUACACUGAGGCUUAUGCCAAGGCACAGGCUCUGGCAAGGAAUGGCUUUGAAGAGGCCAAGCACUGCCUGCAGGAGCACAUCCUGGAAGCCAUCAACGUCUUCAGAGAUAAAUGUAUAUCACCUGAGCAAGUAUCAGUGAAAGAGGAGACUCUAAAGACCCUGGACCCAGAGUUGCUGGAGGAGUUCCUUAGAGCAGCCAAGGGUAUGGAGGCCUUUUGUACACCCUCACAGCUCAGAGACAUGGAGUUCUUCACCCAGUCAGUCAGGACACAGUGGGAGGCUUGCUUCUCAGCGGAUGGCAGCUUUGCCCAGGCAGGGCAGCACCUAGAGGCUUUAAAAGAGCUGUGUGACACCCUGAGCCCAGAGGAUGCUCACCGCCUGGCCCAGACUCAGCUGAGGGAGUGUGAGACGAGGCUGGCUGCCAUCCAGCGGCAGUUCAGUGGAGACCAAGAUAUACCACGCCCUGACUCUAGGGUUCCUGUUGCCUUCAGUGAGGAUCUAACCACACAAAAGGAGCGUGACAAACCUCAAGUCUCAGCUGAGGUGUCUGAGGUGACAGUGAAAACGGUCAGUGUGGAGAGGAGGGAGGUUGAAAAACAGCCGUCUGUAGAAGAGGAAGUCACCAAAAAGGAGACUUUAGAGAGAUAUGAGAAUUGUAAGAGGACUCUGCAAGUCCAACUUUCCAAGAAUGAACAGAGCAUCAAGGAUGUCCCCUCUGACUCUGUCUCUCUUAAAGGCUUGCACACACGGUUGCAGGAAAUACAGUUCCUGAGGCAGGAGACUGAGUCUCUGUGGUCUGAGUAUGGAAACCUGUGCUCCCAGUGUUCCCAGUCGAAUGGUAACACUGGUCUGGAGCAGGAGAAGGCAGAGCUGCACGAGCAGUGGCGCAGCCAACAGUUAAACCUUCAGAGGAGAGGCAGCUCGCUGGGCGCUGCCCUCAGACAGAUUGACUCCACAGAGAACCACAUGGUGGACUUCACUGACCGUCUGGACCGUUACCUGAGACAGCCCAAAGACGUCACUGCCUUCACACUGGCCAAUACCAACAUCCUGAAAGAUAUUAAGGAACUGGAUGACAAUAUCCAGAGCGAGCUGGACCAGCUGUCCCGUCUGGACCCUGAAUCCAGUGAUCUGGACCCCAGAGACUGCUUCCCUCUGUCCCGAGAAGUUGAGACACACAGAACCAGCCUAGAUCAGCUCCGACAGCAGGUCCGGAAGAGUGAAGCUGCUGCUCGUGCCCUUGACCGAUUCCUCAUGUCACUGCGCACUGUGGAUGAAGACAUCUCCGGAGUCCAGGGCGCCCCCUGCAGUGACGCUACCGUAUUGCAGGACUGUCGCUCCAAGCUGGCUCUGAUCAGGCAGAGCAUCGACAGUCUGAAAGAAAAGGCGCCACAGCUGGAUCUGCUCUUGCAGGGAGCCAGGCUUACAGUUACCAGGGAUGGUGUCCCAGCCUCCUGCUUGGACAUGGUGACUGCCCUGCUGAGAAGGCUGGAGGAGGCUGACAGUGGGUUGGCCAGCCAGCAGCAGGGCCUCAAGAAGGAGACCGAGAACAAAUCUCUGGGCCUUAGGAAGAGGACACUACUAGGGGAGCUGAGGAAGCUGCAGGAUAUGAUUGAAACACAAGGCCUGAAGGAGCCCACCAUACCUGCUGUGCAGCACAGGCUUCGUGCCCUGUCGGACUUUGAGGACCAGCUGCAGGCCCAGCAUGCAGAGCUCCAGAAUGUCCGUGAACUUCAAGAGAAACAGGGAGGAGGAGAAAACCUCCUGCAGGAGUUGGAGACUCAGUGGAAGGAAACUCAGAGAGGUUUUUCUGACAGAAAGAAGCAGUGCAGCAUCCUGUUGGAGAAUCUGAAGAAAUUCCAGAGCUGCCGCAGUCACCUGAGCAACACCAUGCAGAGAGCAGAGCAGACGAUCAGUGAUCAGGCUUCCUACAUGGGCAAAGACAACCUGCAGAGAAGUAUAACCAAGGUCCGUGAUAUUAAGGAGGAGCUGGCUGGUCUCGGGGAGCCUAUGGAGGAGAUGAGGGGUGUUUGCAGACAGCUGCAGACCCAGCUGAAGAAGUUCCCUGACUGCAGCGAGUCUCCCUUCGAAGCAGAGGCUGACACUCUGAUGGACAACUGGCUGGAUGUGACUGAGAAGACAGAUGCGUACAUGGACAACCUUCAGGUGGGGCUGGAGCUGUGGGAGAAGCAGCUGAUGCUGGGAGGGGAGGUGGAUGGUUGGGCAGGAGCCAAACUUGCCUUGUUUGCUGAGAGCCAUCCCUUCCACAACGAGCAACAAGUACUCGCCAUGAAGGAUGAAAUCCAUGUUAAUGAGGAAAACAUCGAGCAUUUCCACAAGAAGUCUGUAGAGAUCCAGGAAAUGCUGCAGAGUCGGGAGGCUCCACUGGAGCUGCAGGUGAUGGAAACCCAGCUGAGGAAGAGGAUGGAGCAGGUGAAGGAGCUGUUUACUGACUGCACAGAUGUCUUUGAGGAGCUGAUAGCUGUGAAGAAACACCUAGCUGAGAAGAUAGAUGAGUGUCAGUCAGCUGUAGAGAACAUCCAGUGUACUCUCAGUAACCUUGAUGCUUCAGGACCAGAGUGUGAAACCCAGAUACAGGAUUUGUGUGAUGAUCUUGACACUCAGGAGGAACAGGCUGAGGCUGUGUUGAAGGAGGUGGGUUUGGUUUCCAGUGUGGCCAGUCCUCAGGUGCUGGAGGCACUCUCUGAGGACUGCAGCAGGCUGAGAGAGGCCAUCUCCCGCACCAAGGACAUGAUCCUCCUGAAGAGAGAGGAGAGAGACAAGGGCCUGCUCAAAGUGAUCAAAGAUGAAAGGCAGUCAUUUGUGGGAUGGUUCCAGGACUUGCAGCUGUCUGUCAAUGAGUGCUUUGAGAACCCUGAGAGCAGAACAGAUGUGGAAGCAUCUCUGCAAAGACUCUCUGGUUUCUUAAAAUCCAAGGAUGCAGAGAAACGUCUGGAUCAGCUCAAAGUUCAGCUGGAGAGAGGCAGCCAGCAGAUUCCUCCCCAGCAGCUCUCUGAGUUCACAGACUGGCUGAAGGAACAGCAGGAUGAAGUGGGCACGUUCAGUACCCACUGCCUCAACAGGCAGAAACAAAUGGAGUCACUUCUCGGUGACUUGAACAGUCUGCAAAAGCAGUAUGAUAGCAUCCGUGAGUGGCUGCAGACCAAAGAGAAACAGGCUGUGGUGUCAGACAAUGUCAAACUUCUUCUCAAAGACCUGCAGGAUGAGAGUAGUAGAGCUGAGACCCUCAGUGAGCUUUUAGCAUCAAUACGCAGACAAGGCGUCAGAGCUGAGAGCCUCCUGAAAGACAGUGAUAACCUGAUACAACGCUACAGAAACCUGGAGGCUAAGCUGCAGAAACAGGCCAAGGCCCAGAGUGACCUGGAGGAGGAGUGCGACAGGUUUAACACUCAGGCUGGGAACACCAGGACCUGGAUCAGAGACCUUCUGCAACCCCUCACCUCCCCUGGCACAGACACCCAGACUGAGGAGAUAAAGUGUAAAGCACAGGUCAGUGCCAUUCUCUCCAAACCUGGGGGAGACUCUAAGAUGAGCACUCUGAGAAAACAAAGCCAGAGUCUGUGUGAACAGCAGGACCUGGACGAGAGCAGGAAACAAAAGGUCAACCAGUUGGUCCGAGACGUAGAGGAGCAGUGGCAGGCAGCCCUGCAGACAGCAGAGGAGGCUCUUAACAAGGUGGAAACACAAGCCUUAUUAGACAAGGACCUGGACGCUUUCAAAACCCAGAAUGAAAAUGUACAGUCCUGGAUCAGAGACCAGGAACAGAAUCUUCAGUCUGUUGGUGAUCACAUGCCAGUUGAAGAAAAGCUACAGAUUGCACAAGCUACUCUGAGCUCCAAGUCUGAGGGAGAUUCAAAGAUCCACGUUUUGAAGGAACAGAGUCAGAGUCUGUGUGACAACCAGGCCUUGGACAAGAGCAGGAGACAAGAGGUUCAGGGUGCAGUCAAACACAAAGAGGAGCAGUGGACGAAAGUCUUGAAGGCUGCUGAGGAGGUUCUCAACAAGGCAGAGACUGAAGCUGCCUCUGAGAAGGAGUUUGACGCUUUCAAAGCCCAAACUGAAAGCGUCCAGUCCUGGAUCAAGGAGCAGAAGCAGAAACUGAUGUCUCUUGGUAGUUAUAUGCAGUUUGAAGAAAGGUUACAGAUUGCACAGGCUGUUUUGACUGCCAGCCCUGAGGGUGAGUCCAAGGUGCUCGACCUGAAGAGACAAGGAGAGAGUGUGUGUGAGCACCUGGAGGAAAGCAGGAAACCAGAGGUACAGCAGCUGGUAAAAGACACAGAGCAGCAGUGGAGAGCAGUCCUACAGGCCGCCAGACAGGCAGAGCUCAGAAGUCUCUCAGACGACUUUGACACUCAGAGUAAAAACACCCAGUCCUGGAUCAGAGACAGACAACAGAAGCUGCAGUCUGUUGGUAGUCACAUGCCACCUGAGGAAAGAUGUCACGCAGCUAAGACCAUCUUGAGCUCCAGACCUGAAGGUGACUGUAAGGUGAACAACCUGAGGAGGCGAGGCCAGAGUCUGUGUGACCAUAAAGACGCAGAUGAGGGCAGGAAAGCCCAUGUUCAACAGACUGUCAGAGAGACAGAGGAGCAGUGGAGGACGGUCCUGCAGGCUGCUAACCAGGUUGAGGUUUCUGCAGAAGCUCAGAUCGCACAGGAGACUGAGAGGAGGAAGUUGGAGCUGAGAGAAUUUGAAACCACUCAGCAGGAUACUGGGCGCUGGCUUUCAGACCUCCAACAACGACUGGACUCACUGGGCAGCCAAACGAAAGCUGAAGACAGACUGCACACAGCACAGGACAUUAUGAGCUCUAAGCCUGAAGGAGACUCCAAGCUCCAGGAGCUCAGGAGACGAGGCCGGAGUUUGUGUGGUCAGGACCUUGAGGAACACAAAAAACAAGAGGUUGAACAAAAAGUAAAAAGCGCUGAAGAACAGUGGACUAGAGUGCUGCAGGAUGCUAAACAGGCCCUGGAUAAGGCUGAAAAGCAGCGUGAUCUGGAGGGCCAGCUGAGGGACUACAAGGCCCUGAAAGAAAACACCAGAGCCUGGCUGGAGGACAAGCAGCAGAGCCUUGUUUCUCUGGAUAGUCAGACUGAUCCAGAAAAGAUAAUCAACACUGCACAGACUAUCCUGAGCUCCAAGCCUGAGGGAGACUCCAAGCUGACAGAGCUGAGGAGACAGAGCCAGAGUCUGUCUGACCAAGAGGACCUGGAGGAGAACACGAGACAAGAGGCUGAACAGACUGUGAAAGACUCAGAGGAGCAAUGGAGGACCGUCCUGCAGACUGCAGAGAACACUCUGAAGAAAGCUGAGGUCCAGUACUCACUCUCCAGGGAGAUGGAGGUCUUCUGUACUCAAGCAGGGAACACUAAGACCUGGGUUAAAGAGCUGCAGCAAAAGGCUGACUCCAAAGGGAAAGGCACUCAUGGCAGCAAGGUUCAGAUAGAGGACAGGCUGAACACAGCACAGGUCAUCUUAAGCUCCAAGUCCAAUGGUGAGGCUCAAGUGAUGGAGCUGAAGAGACGAGCACAGAGUCUUUGUGAGCAAAAAGACCUGGAGGGAGAAAAGAAAGCAGAGGUUCAGCAGAUGGUCAGAGACACUGAGCAGCAGUGGAGGACGGUCCUGCGAGAUGCUGAGGAGACUCAGAGAGAGUUGAAGGGUGUUGUGAAACGUCUGGUAUCCUGUCAGCGCAAGCGAGACCAGGCUGAAGCCCGUCUAGCUGAGCUCCAGAAGCAGACUUCCAACCUGCCGCGUGUCUUCCCCUGGCCGGGCCUGGGAGAGCGGAGGCAGGCAGUGGAACAAGCCCAGACCCUGCUGGAGCAGAGCACAGCCUUGGCCCCUGUCCUCUCAGACCUUCGUUCACAGGCUGCAAAAGUUUUUGAGCUCACACAGGACCAUGACUGGGCAGAUCCCUCCUGGGCAGCCAAGGAGGAGUUCAUCCCUGCUCUGCUGAAGGAGCUAACUGAUGCAAAAGCUAACUUGGAGCAGGGCGUCCUGACAGAGAGGCAGUGCACCCAGCUGGUGGAGCAGCAUGAAGCAGCUCAGGACUGGUUGAGGGAGCAGGUUAAAGGCCUGGGAGCUCCUCCAACAGACAGACAGGGUCUGCACAGCUCUGUCAACACUCUGAAGGCUUUGCUCCAAACAGUGGACAGGGAGAAGAGAGAGAUGAAGGAGCUAGACUCUGCCAGAGACAAUUUGCUUAGUCUAUGCACCCCUGGAGGUCGUGAUGCGCUUACCCUGGAGGUCAGCCAGCUCCACGACCUCUGUGCCACCUCAGAGAAGGAGGUGAGAGAGCGGCUGACGGCCUGCGAGGCCUGCUUGGAGGAGCUGGAGAGUCAGGUGGCCAAGAGAGCUCAGGACCUGAAGGAGAGAGCUGCAGCUCUGCAGUGGGAGCUCCGCUCUCUGGACCAGGCACUCAGUUACAGUGAAUCACAGAACAACAUCGCUCAGCUCCAGCAGCACUGGCACAGCCUUCAGAACUGCGAGAAGUCCCUAGAAGAUUUGGGCGUGAAAGUUCAUGAUCUCCACCAAGAAGUGAAGUCAACACCUGCCACCAAUGAGCUGCCAGCAGAAAUUAUCAGUGUGGUUGAAUCACUAGGCCAGCAACACGACAGUCUAAAAUCCAGGCUGAAUGAGCGUCAGGGCACCUGCUCUACAAACACAGCUUGCUGUCUGACAGACUGUCUUCAUGCUCUGCAACAAUGGAACCAUGGCAAACCAUCAGAGUCAAUUUCUUCUAUGCAGGUGGCAUUAGAGGAAGGUGAAAAGUUGCAGGUCAGCCUGCAGGAGGCGCUUUCUCACCAGCAGUUUCUAAAAGACUGUCUGAUGCCAGUUUUGUUUGAGAAACUGGAGAAAGAGGGUUCAGAGACACUGAGAGAAGCAGACACGCAUAAAGGCUCUCUGAACCAGAGCUUAAAGGAACUUGAUGAAAGGAAGAAACAAAAACUGCAUGACAUACAAUCCUCUGAUGUCCUGUCUAGUAAUCUAGAGACUAAGACCUCUUUAGUGCCCCCUCGACGAAAAAACAAGGGCUCAUCUGAGGAAAAACAUCAAGUCACAUUCAAAAACAAUUCCCUCAACAAAAAAAUCUUUGUGGUCACAGCACUAACUGAAAUUACUGUUGUGGAAAAAGGAGAGCUUUUACCAGCCAAACGAAAGUCGAAGCAUCCUAAACCUUCCACAGAACUUGCUACCAUUGAGCCUACAAUGACCAAGGAAAAGCCUGACAUUCAUAAGACAUCUUCAACUGCUGAGGUGGUCACAGCAUCAACUGAAAUUACCAUUGUGAAAAAAGGAGAGCUUUCACCAACCAAACACACAUCGAAGGGUCUUGAACAUUCCCCAGAACUUGCUGUCACAGAGCUGACAAAGACCAAGGAAGAGCCUGACAGUCAGAAGCCAUCUUCAACUGCUGAGGUGAUCACAGUACCAACUGAAAUUACUGUGGUGAAAAAAGGAGAGCUUUCACCAACCAAAAGAAAGUCGAAGGGUCUUGAACCUUCUGCAGAACUUGCUACAAUGGAGCCAGCAGCCACUCCAGACAUGGUGUCCGCACCAACUGAAAUUACUGUUGUGACAAAAGGAGCGCUUUCGCCAACCAAACAAAAGUUAAAGGAUGAGAAACCUUCCCCAGAACUUGCUAACACAGAGCCAACAAAGACCAAGGAAGAGCCUGACGAUCAGAAAUCAUCUUCAACUCCAGAGAUGGUCACAGCACCACCUGAAAUUACUGUGGUGGAAAAAGGAGAGCUUUCACCAACCAAACAGAAGCCAAAGGCUAAGGAGCUUCUAGGAAAAGAAAUGGCCACAGUUAUUCUUGACACAUCUGAGAUUUUUGUGAAGACCGCUGAUACAAUUGCCCAGUUUAAACCAACUAACUCAGAGUUACAGGAGUCCACCAUUACCCAGUCCACGGAACGAGACGAGGAGAAAGCUGAGACGACUAAGAUAAAGGUGCAAGAAAGCAGUACUGAAAGUCAGGACAAUGUGGCUCAAAUGGACUCUGCUCAACCCACCUCUCCUGCUUUUGAAGCAUUCCCACCACAUGACGCAGGGACAGAGUUUAUAGAAAUAAGUCUAUCUGAGCAAGAUAUUGUUAAACCAGGCCAAGCUGAGACUCAGAGAGAGCUCUCAAAAGCCACACAUGAAAGACCCAAAGUGGUCAAGGAAUGUGGUGUCCAAGAACAACCUCCUGCACCAUUGACACAUGGCAUGGACAAAGCACCCAACACCUUGGAUGAAAAGUCUGUUAGGAUGGAGAAAAUCCAUAUGGGGCCUGAAGUGUGCAUCUUGCAACUAGAUAUACAGACUAGUCCAGAGGAGAAUGAAAAUACAUCUGUCACGGGAGCAAAAGAGCAGAGGAUAGACAUUGUUCAAACAAGUAUCCAAAGCCAAGGAGUGCCAGAAAACAAAGAUAAGACUACUGCUGAUGUGAAGCCAGAGAAAGCUGAGACAACUAAGAUAAAGGUGCAAGAAAGCAGUACUGAAAGUCAGGACAAUGUGGCUCAAAUGGACUCUGCUCAACCCACCUCUCCUGCUUCUGAAAGAUUGCCAACACAAGAAGCAGUGACUGAAUUUAUAGAAAUAAACAUAUAUGACCAAGACGAGGUAAAACCAGGCCAAACUGAAACUAAAAUAGAGUUCUUGAAAACUACACAGUAUAUUCAAACCCAGAGUGAACAAGAGCCACAAAACCAAUAUGAGACUACAGCAGACAUUCACCCUGAGAAGGCUGCAGUUGAGACAAGAGUAGAAGUGCAAGAAAUCAGCACUGAAAGGCAAGAAAAUGUGAUUCAUAGCAACUCCACUCAACCCACCUCUGUUGCUUUUGCAUCAAAGCAGCCAACUGAAGCAGAAGCAACAUUUGCAGAAAUUAGCUUAUCAGAGCAAGACACUGUAAAACCAGGUGAAACAAUGAUUAAGCCAGAGCUCUUGAAAACCACACAGCAAAUACCCAGAGAGGUCAAGGAUAGUGAAGUGCAACAGGAGUGUGCUGAAGUGUCUACAAAGGAUGAGCAUGAUGCACCCAAGAGUUUGGAUGAAACGUCUGCUAGUUUGGACAAAAUCCACAGAGAGGCUGAAGUGUGUGUUUUACAACCAGAUACACAGGCAACCAUAAAGGAACAUGAAAUCACAUCUGUUGCAAUAGCAAAGGCACAAAGGAUUGAUACAGAUCAAACAAGUAUCCUGAGCGAAAAAGUCCCAGAAAACAAAGACCUGACAUCUGUUGAUGUUCAGCCAGAGAAGACAGCUGCUGAUAUGACCAUGGUAGACAUGAAGGUCGAGAAAUGUGACAUAGAUGAUCCUGCCAAAAUCCUUAAUGAAAAGUCUGUCAGAAUGGAGAUAACCAACGAACCAACGAUAGAAAUAGUUCAAACAGGUACAGAGUGUGAAAAGUUGCCAGAAAACAAAGCUAAGGCUACAGCUGACGUCCACAGUGAGAAGGCUGCAGUUAAGACAAGAGCUGAAGUGCAACAAAUCAGCACUGAAAAGCAAAAGAAUGUGACACAUAGUGAUUCCACUCAACCUGCAUUAGUUUUUGCAUCAGUGCUGCCAUAUGAGUCAAAGACAGAAUUUGUAGAAGUAAGCUUAUCUGAAGAGGCCGGGCUUAAACCAAAUGAAACAGAUACUCAGACAGAACUUCUCACAACCACACAGGAAAGGCUCAAAGAGGUCAAGGAUCCUGGUGUCCAAGAAAAGGGAGAAAUCCACAUGAGAAUAGAUGAAUGCAAAACUGUUACAACAGAAAAGGAACCAAGGAUGGAAUCAGGUAUUAAGUUUGAGACAGUUAAAGGAAGCAAUGAUAUGACUACUACAGAUGUUCAGCCUGACAAGUCUACAGUCAAGGUGACCACCGUAGAAGUCCAAGAGAGCCGUACUGACUCCCUGUCUGGAUUCAGUGUGGUACAUGAAGGCCGAACAGACAGACACACAGAAGAUGCAACAGAAAAGAAAGAAGAACAACAGAAGGAAGAGGAAAGGGUGUUGAUUCAGGAACAACAAAGGGAAACAAAGACCACCACUGGUGAAGUGAUGCUUCAGGGCUUUGUUUUGCCACAGGAGCAGGUAUACAGUGAUGAAAAGAAAUCACCUGUAUCACUGCAGGCAGUUCAGAGAUCGUCAACUGAUGUUACUUUGGAUGAAGUAACCCAGAUGGAAGGAUUACCUACUCAGGAGAACAAAGCAAUUGUAGUGAAGACUGAGAAACUAGUUCUGGAGGCACCAGAAGGACUUGCCAUGAGGAACAUCUUCACAGAAAUACAACUACUUGCAAGGACAGGACCCAGCCAUCCACUCAUUGAGGGUAAAUCACAGGAGGAUGCUCCACAGACUCUGCUUACAUCCACCAGUGAACUGGAUGGUUGUCUAAACAGACUGGUAACUAAAGUCUUGAGCUGCAAGAACUGCCCAGCUGAGCUGAGCCCAAAAGCCAUGGCCCAGCAGGUGGAGGAGGCUCAGCAGUGCAGAGAGACUGCUGAGGCUCAGUUGUCAUUACUCCAGCUGAGAGGAGCUGAUGCUGAGAACAAGGACACGCUGGAGCACGAGGAGGAUCAGUGGCGCACUGCUGCUCAGGAUGCAGCUGCUGUCAUCCAGAGUAAAGAGGCCCAGCUACAGCUUGUGAAUGAUUACAGCAGACAAAUCCAAACAGCCAAGACCACAGUGGAGAGACAGACACUGGAACUGGACGCUGUAAAAAUGUCCCCAAAGCAGAGCAGCUCCAAGGAGGCAGAGCAACUAUCCUCCUUACAGAGAAGUAUGGAGGAGAACAGAACAGUAUUUGGAGAGUUGCUCGUGACCUAUACCAAGUUGUGCCCUCACCUCAGCCAGUUUGAGCGAGCAACCGCACAGAGUGAGCAGAAGAACCUACAAGAGAAGUGGAGAGGCCUGGAAAGGGCUGUGGAGAGGGCCCUUCAUCACACAAAUGUCCAUUCCCAUGAGACCAGUGGCAUUCAGUCAGAGAUGUUAGGUUUGCAGGAAAACUUGGAAACAAUUGACAAAAACCUCGAAGUCAAGUCUCCUUCAGGGACUCAGUGGAACUGCAAGAAGGCGCAGCAGCUGAUGGAAGCAAAUGCUGAGGUUAAAGCUGCUCAGCAGAAAUACCUACAUUUGCAGCAGCUUUCAGACGAGCUGUUGCUCAGCUCAUGGUGGGAGAAGGAAACAAAAGAAAUUCAACAGGGGCUCCAGACUGUCAAAGACAAACUCAGCCACACAGAAGAACUAGUAUCCACCCAAGCCCAGAGCAGCAGCAACCCCAUCAUGGAGAAGAUUAUUGUGGUGAUGAGGGAUGGCCUCGCCUGGGCCAAGCAGACAGAGACUGACAUUGAGGGCAGGAGGAAGAGGGUGGCUCUCCUCCCUGAAAAGGUUCACUGGCAGCUCAGAGAUCUGAAGAAGCUGCAGUCUGAGGUGAUGGCCAAACAGGGCCAACUGGAGUCACUGGUGGAGGAGGUGACGGAGCUCCUUCCACAGCUGGACCAGGCUGAGGAGGUGCCCAUGGUUUGCACUUCUCUGGAAUCCCUCGAACAACUCUCAAAGUCCACCACUGAGAAGCUAGCCAAGGCUGUGAGAGAGAUAGAGUCAGGACUUCAGACCAGAGAAAAGAUGUCAGAGCAGAUUGCUGAUCUAGAUUCAUGGGUUGUGGCUCAUCUGCACAGAGAGGCCUCCAGGAGUGCAGACAGUGAGUUCAGAAGCCCAACUGAACUUGAUCGCAGGGUUCGUCAGAUUCAGGAGACACUGGCUGAGGCUGAUAAGCAGGCUGCUGUCUGUGAGGCUCUGUUAAUGAAGAGCAAAGACAUUUCCUCUGAACUCAGCAUCACAGAGAACUGUCAGCUUUUUGAAAAGCUUACCAACCUUCAGGAGGACAUCAGAGCCAUUAGUAGCUAUGAGAAGGCCAACAAAAAGGAGCUUGAUGAACUCAUCCAGACUACAGAUUCAAACAAGAAAAGCCUGGUCACCAUUGAAAAAAGCCUGAGGCAGAUGUUAGUGGAUGUCAGCAAACACAGGUUUCCCAUCACAAAGGAGUCCCUGCAAGCUUUGGAGCCUUUCAAACACAUGAUUUUGGAGUACAAGUCCCAGGUUGACCUCCUGCAACCGUACAUUCCCCAGGAAAAGACAAGAGAACUGCACUCAGUCAUUUCUGACCUUCACAGCAAAAUGGCUACCCUGGAAAUGAAAGUUGAAGAUCAUGAAAGGUACCUGAACAUGAGGCAGUGUGUGGAAGACCUCAGGGAGGAUGUUCAGGAGCAGGUCCGCCAAACUAAAGAAGAAAGCAAGGAGCAGGAGGAGAAGUACAAAGUCUGUCAGACCCUGCUUGUCCAGUUUCCUCUGAUAAGGUGUUUGUGUGAGGAGGCUCACUCCAAACUUGAGAUGAUCUCCACUGACCUCUACCCCUCUCAGCUGACGGCAGAACGACGGAGGCUCAACCAAAACGAGGAGAGCAUCAACACCUUGGAGAUGACACUCUACAACAACCUCAGCAUCAUCGAGUGGAACCUAUUAAAGGAACUGGACCUUGAAUCAGAGAAGAUUACCACUCAGGCCUUCCUCAGGAAGACCCAGGAGGAGCUGCAGAAAUUCACUGUGUUAGAUCCAAAUGAAACUGUAAUCAACAAGGAGCACCGGAGAAUCAUUUCUUUGAAAAAGACAGUAGAGUCAAGGAUGAGAGCACUGGAGAUUCUAGAGAAAAAGAAGGGAAAGAGAAGAGGAAGUGGAUCCCAAGAUCUGAUGGUUUUGAAGCAUGCAGUCCUCAGUGAAUGUGACUCAAAAAUGAAAAACAUCCUCCAGGCCAGGGAGUCUUUGAGAAACUACACCAGCACUGUUAAACAAGCGGUGCAGUUCCUGAGGGACAUCGAGGUCUCUCUGCUGCCGCCGCAGGGCUCUGCUGGACCCUGUGCUGAAAGGCUGGAGGAGACCCAGCAGGCUUUGGCUUCACUGCAGCAGCAGUUCCAGACCCAUGUGGAGCAGCUCCAGAGCCAGUUUGCACUGCAUCCUUACCUGUCCCCUCAGAAAGUGGAGCAGCUCCAGGAGAAUAUUCUGAGCCAGCUCCUAGUGAGGAUGUCCACUCUCCAGGCAAAGGGCCAUAUCCGACUGGAGUGUCUCAGCAGGUGUGCAGAAUCUCACAGAAAUUACAUCAAGUGUCUGGAUGAAAUUAGCCAGAGUCUAAAGACUGCAGAGAACAACCUAUUAGAGUUUAUCUCUCAAAAAGUCACCUGUCUCGCUGACUGCACUGACCAAGAGGCAAAGUUCAGAGCUCUGUCUGAGGAGGUGGAGUUCCUGCUGCAGCGUCUGGAGGAGCUGAGGGAGUGGUGCCCAGAGCAGAGCUGUCGUGGAGGCAGGGAGGCCACUGUGGCUGCUGUCUGGAAACGGGUAUCAAGACUACGGCGCUGCACACAGGAGCUGGCAGCUCGUAGUAAACAGAGGAUCGCAGAAUGGAGUGAUAUCACCAAGAGUGUGGAGAAGGCCUCUACUGUCCUGGAGCAGGUGGAGACAGAGCUUCCUCAGUGCUCAGGGGUGAAGGCCUCCACUGAGGAGCUUCAUGACCUGCUGCAGUCCUGGGAACAAUACCAGGACAGACUGGACUGUGAGCAUCGAUCCCUGUCCGCACUGGAACUGCGUGCUGCCAGACUGCUGGGUGUCCCUGCCCACUUGGAGCAGGCUCCACCCACUCCACUCUGUCAGCAGCUGCAGGCAAUGCAGGCCCGAUACGGCAGUGUGAAGCAGAGGAGCAGGGAGGGUUUGGACGCAGCCAGGAUGGAGCUGGAGGAGAGAGAAAAAGUCCGGGAGGAGCUGCAGGGCGUCCGGGUUUGGCUGGAGGCUGCAGAUGGUCUUCUGUCAGAAAUGGAACAGAACAACAGCACAGAGGAGCUACAGGAGGUCCAUGGUCAGCUGUACACCCAGAAGGCUUUGCUGCAGCGCAUCAUGGAGAGGCUGAAAAUAAAGUACUCUGACAUGUACACACUGGUCCCAGUUGAGAUCGAAGGCACAAUGCAGGAAGUCAAGCAGUCACUGCAGCAAGUGGAAGUCAAGGUGGGAGAGGCCGUGGAGAGGAGUGGUCCUGUCCACAGGCUGGGGGCAAAGCUGUCUGAGAUCCAGGCUGGCCUGAGAUCAGUUGAGAAGAGACUGGAACAGAGAAGCCCCUCUGCGAUUGAAGCCAAGGUCACUCAGAAGCGUGUGUGGGAUGAGCUGGAUGUGUGGCACUCCUGUCUGGCUGCGCUGGAGGUGGACAUGCAAGACUUGGAGAAGCCUGAGGAGACGCUGUCCCUCACAGAGAGAUUGGUGGAGGUCCAGCAGCUUCACUCCCAGCUGGCCAAACAGGCCGAGCAGAGGACCACCCUCAUCAGCAAGAUUCAUACGUGGCGUCAGGAGCAUCAGGAGAUGAUCAGCAGCUCUAAGAGCUGGAUGGCUGAAGCUCAGUCGUGGCUCGCUGCCCCCUGCACCUACACCACCGCUAAAUGUCUGAGCAACCAUGUUCAGGCUCUGCAGACGGUGUUGAAUGACUCCGUGCAGAUCCGGACCACUCUGCAGGGCUUCAGCUCAGUGCUGCAGGAAAUGUCGCAGGUUUGUGACAUCACGACUCUCCAGAACCAGCUAAUGGAAGCGGAUCACCAAGUGGCCGACGUUCAAGACAGCUUCACUGCUCCUUUGUCCCAACUGCAGCACGCUGCUGCUGAGGUGGAGGCCAUUGAGAGUGAGGUGAGGCGGAUGGAGAAUGAUGUGGCCGAGAUCAAGACUUUAUUAUCAUCUCCAGAGGCUUUCCCGAGCCCCAGAGAGGAAAGCCUUAAGGCGGUCGAACGAAGGAUCCAGUCCAUGAGGAGAACGGUGGCUGAGAUCCAGAAGUGUAAACCAGGCCUUUGUCUUCCAGAGAAGGCAGAGGAGACUCUUACUGUGUUUAGUGUAGUGGACCAGCUCCAGACUCUGCUGCUGGAAUUGGAGAAGAAAGUUCCUGCUCUGUUUAUCCAGCAGCCUCCGACACCGAUCCAAGCCAAAGCUCCGUCAGGCGAGCACCCCACCUCUCAGUCUCAGCUCCUGAAAUCCACAUCAGUGGAGUCUGAGAGGGAAGGCACAGAGCAGGGCCAAAUCAAAAUUGUCCAUGUUGAAGAGGAUGUACUGAAGAGAUCUGGAGCCACACUUCUGACUGUGGAGCAGUCCUCACCUGAACAGAGACAGUCCUGGACACCUGACAGCCCUCAGCAGCGGGAGCAUCAAGGCGUGCUCCAGGCUGAAGAAGCCGCAGAGAAAAAAGACAGUGAGGAGCAGAGAGUGGAAGAAAGUGGAGGAGGUGUUUUGUGGUGGCUCUGGGAUGCUUUCCUGGGCGCUUCUCCAGAGGAACCUAUGAUCGCUGUCCCAGAGACGACUGAAGCUGCCACUGGACAAACCACUGAGGAGACUAAAGAAGAUAAACAGGAUGUUGAGGGCCCCACUGACACCACAGAAGCAAGUUCAUCUGAAGCUUUAUCAAAACCCCUGGGCACAGUCAGAACCCAGUCUCUGCCUGAGAGCAUGGUAAACACAGCCUCGACCGUAAACGUUUCCAAAUCCGACUCUGGCUCCCAACAGAGAUGCGUAGUCUCCUCCAGUUUGCUCAGGACCCAGUUCAGCUGUGAACCUCCCCCUCUCCCCUCUCCUCUCCCCUGUCUACCUGUGACCCUGGAGCAGGGAGGCUCAGCCAGGUGUGUUGUGUUUGUGUCCCAGGGACCGGAGGAGCCGCGGCCAGGUGGGUUCCAACCUGGACCCCGCCCCAGGGAAGCUGUCCUCCAUGUCUGCCUGGAGAGGGUCGGCCAGCUGGAGCUGUGGCUGCAGAAAGCCCAGAGCAGCCUGGUAGCCGCCGGAGCUGCCGGUUCAUCGACCAUGCAGGACAGCGUGGAGCAGCAACUCCUCACCUGCCAGGAGAUGUUCCAGGAGAUCGAGCAGAAGGUGGCGAGCCUGUCGUCUCUCGGUCAGGUCGCUGACCUGCAGCAGCAGCAGCAGCAUGAACUGGGAGCUGUGGGAGCCCAGCAGGAGGCGGCUGAGCUGCUCUCCUCCAAACUGGAGCUCCUCAAGGCCAACCUGGUCUCCUUCCAGCAGCUGCUGCAGGACAGACAGGAGGAGGAGAGGACGAUCACCCACAGAGAGCCACAGGAACAGGCAGAGGCCCAACCUAAAGCCAAGCUGAAGCGCAGCAGCAGUGUUCAGGAGAUCUUCUCCUCACCGAGGAACAAACUCCUCAGACAGAGCAGCCUGCAACAGCAGAAGGAGCUGGAGCAGGAGCUGACAGAGCAGAGAGGACUGACUCAGGCCAUCGCCCGGCAGGGCAGCAGAGCUCGACUUUACAGCCAGGACUCAGAGGACCACGGCCUGCUGUCACCACGGUCGCCUCCUGCUGAGGCUGAUGUGGAGGAGGACUCUGCUCAGAAGAAGUGGGAUCGCCUUCACAGUCGGCUGCUGGCUUUGGAGGAGAGCUGUCUGCUUCCUCCCUCUGAGGUGACAGACUCAUCUAUGAGGCGUAGUGAUGGAACAGCAGGACGUAUGAUUGGUGCACAAAACCUGAAAGAGCUUCAAACCCUAAUCAGCCAUCUGAGGGAGCUGGGAGAUCCAGCUGCAGAGCUUCUGAGUCAGGCGUCCUCCGUGGACGGCUCCCGACAGACGCUGGACGAGGGUUUGUUUCACGUGCUGCACGGAGCAUCGCUCACCCUGUCCUCCAUCAAUAACCUGCUGCACUCACCUGUACAUGGAGAAGAUGCACAGCUGAGGCUGCUGCAGCUGCAGAGUCUGUCAGCAGAGCUGGCAACCUUUGGGAGUGAGCUGGCCUCGCAGGGGUCAAAGGUCACUGGUGUCCUGGGGUCAGAGUGUGGUCAGUGGUGUGUCGAUGACCUGAGCAGAGUCCUUCCUGUGGUCCAGGCUGCUCUGAGCAGCAGAGAGAAGCAGCUCAGGAACCUGCAGGAGGAGACGGCAAAGCAACAGAGAUCCCUAACAGAGUUGCAUGCAGCCUUCACCUCUAACCAGUCGACUCUUCAUCAAGUAAUGAAUGAAUUCAGUGGAACGCUCGGCCUUAACGAACAACUACAGGCUGUGAUUCAGAUGCAGGAGUCUCUGCAGCAGCAGGUGCAGCAGGUGAGCUCUCUGCUGGAGGAGGCUGACCACAACCUGCCCACCUCUCUCAUCCACCAGGCCACACAGCUGCAGGAGGAGCUGGACACGUCUCUGGGUGGUGUUCGCUCCCGCUGUGAGGAGCUGAGGAGCAGUGUGGAGCUGCAGCAGCAGUAUGAGCGGCUGGUCCACAGCCUCGAGGAGCUGCUCGCUCUGGGAUCCGAGCGCCUCACAGCACAGCAGCCUGACACUGAGCUCCGGAGCAGAGCUCAGCUCCAGCAGCAGCUCAGCGGUCACACGGAGAGCGCCCUCCAGAGGUGGGACAGCGUGGUGACGGGCCUGCAGGAUGAGGUGGCUCGACUGCACCGGCUUGGAUUGGAGAAAGGAACCAGGAUGCAGGAAACAUUACAGACGUGGUCACAGUGGGAGGAGGACAGCGCCUGGUCAAGCUCCCUGCUAAAAAAAACUGAGACUUCAUUUCCCAAAAUGCACGAGGGGGGUGAUUCUGAGGAGCAGGUAUCAGAGAAGCUCUCUGUCUACCAGGAGCUCAGAGGUGUUCUGGAGGAGAACAAAGCGCGGUUCAGUCAGAUGCUGGAGGCGGGGCUACGACUGCAGAGGUCCGGCUGUAGUGGAGUGGGUGUGACCACCAGUGAGCUGGAGUCAUGCUGGAGAGCUCUGCACGAGAGGGUGGAGAAUGAACGCACCAUCUUCACCAGAGAGAGGAAACUGAGAAGCAGGUUUCUUCGUGACUCUGCUGCACUGGCUGACUGGACGGACAAAGCCAGAGAGCUGAUUAAUAAAUGGAGUCAGUUCACUGUCACGGCCAAUGAGGAGAUGGAUGUUGAACAGACACGUGACCAUUACCUCCAGUGUGUGGCUUUGACCAAAGAGGUGGAGGUGAGAUGUGAACUGAAGGUGGCUGUGAUUGGUGCUGGUACCCAGCUGGUCCACAUGAGGGAAGCAGGAAACCUGGAAGACAAAGAGACUUCACUGUCUGAGACUUCAGACCCUCACCUCUGCUCCAUCCAGUCCCAGCUCAGACAGAUAGAGGCGGACUGGUCCAGUCUGCUGACUGAUGUUCAGGUCGUCCAGCAAGCUCUGCACAAGCGGUGGAUGAAAACGUUGACCCAGCAGGGGGCGCUGCUGGAGCUGCAGGUCUGGCUUGGAGCUGCUGAGUCCCAGCUGGGGGAGAAUCGCAGCAGGAUCAACCAAACAUCCUCCACUAAGGCUGAUCUCUCACAGCUCCUAAAAUACUGCAAGGAGUGUCAGGUAGAGAUGUCGGCCCAUCAGGCCACAUUGGACUAUGUGAACCAGCCAUUACAGACCUGUGGUACUGAGGAUGGCCAGAGGGGGCGCUACGAGCACAACCAGUUUGCAGAGGACCAGGGUGAUCUCAACCAUCAGUGGCUCAGUUUACAGGAAACCCUCAACACUCAGAUCCAGGAGGUGGAGCAGGAUUUGAGGAGCCGAGCGGAGUGGGAGGCAAGACUGAAGCAGGUCAACAGCUGGAUCACAGACCAGAGCCUCUGGAUGGACUCAGCUCAGACACCCAGCACCCAGACAGAGCUGCAGAGGAACAUCGACACCUGUCAGGGCCUCGAGGAGAAGAUCAGGCAGAAGUCUGCGGCUCUUCAGGAGCUGAGAGACAAACUUUGUAGUGGGAAAGGAAACAGCAGCUGUGAUUUUCUCUCUCAGACAGAUGAAUCCAUCCAGGCCUGUGCAGCUCUCACACAGCGGAAUGAAUCGGUGAGGCAGAGGCUGAUCCAGGCUCAGCAGCUGUGGGACAGUGGGGAGAAGAGUCUGAAUCAGAUGAUGCUGGAAACAGUGAGAAUGUCUCAGACUCUGGAUUAUCACAGCAGCCCUGCGCUCUCCCUGCAGGCACACAGAGACGUCCAUGACAGGCUACAGCUUCUUCAUCAGGAGACAGAAGCUUCGGGGGCGAAGUGGAGCAAACUGAGUCAAACCGUCUCCUCCCUCAGAGACGUCAUCGGCCCUGCUGCUGCCCUCCUCACCCAGCAGCUGGACAGACAGAGAGACAGUUGGACUGCAGUGUCCAGAGAUCUUGUCCAGCAGCUCCAGAGGAGUCAGGGGAUCCUGCAGGUCUGGGAGGUCUACGCCCGGCUGGCAGCAUCUUUCUCCAAACAGCUGCAGACGCUGCAGAGUGACGUCACAGCUGCUCUGAGCGCAGCGCCUGGAGACGACAACACUGUGGAGCAGGUCGCUGUCAAGAUUCAAGAUCUGCAGAGUCUCCUGGAGAGGACUGACACUUUGCAGUCUGACCUGGAGGGGGUGCUGGAGGCUUCCAAGGUCUUGGUCAGCCACCUGGACCCUUCAGCUGCCAGCCUGGUUCAGUCAGAGAGCAGGUUGUUGUCACGUGGUGUCGUGCAGCUCAGCCACAUGCUGACUGGGAAGCUGGGUCAGCGGCAGGAGGAGCUCAAGCGGCUGCAGGAGUUUGGAAACCUCCUGGAGUCACUGGAGGGAAACCUGGAGGGUUGGCAGCAGCGUCUGGAGAAUGAGGCUCAGACGACAGACCAGUCUGGCCUCCUGGAGCUGAGCGGCCUGUCUGCUGACCUGGAUGUGCUAAAUGAGCUGAGCUGCAGCCUGACGCUGGGCGACGCUGCAGCACGCCGCCUGCAACGCCUCAACCACUGCUGGGCCGACACGUCCGCCAGAGCCGAGGAGGCCUGCAGUGAGCUGCAGACAGAGGCGCUGAGGCAGCAGAGCUUUGAGCAGAAGUGUGAGAGCUGGAUGUCUUUCCUGCAGAGGAUGGAGGACAGUCUGGCUGUGGAUGUGGCCGGCUCUUACAGUGGCCUCAGGCAGCAGCUCCGUACGCACAAGCGGUUUCAGGCAGAGCUGUCCACUGGUCACCAGAUCCUCCAUUCAGUUAUCACCGAAGCUCUUCAUCUGCUGCAGAAAGGAGAGGUGGACGACAGGAGCGACUUCAUCCUGAAGUUGGCUCAGCUCAGAGAGCACUGGCAGGGGGCAGUGCACCGUGCUGACCAGCGGCGCUCUCUGGUGGAGGGGCUGGUGAAGCACUGGCACCUGUACAGCCGCAGCCUGAGGAAGCUGCAGAAGUUCCUGUCGGAUACACAGACCCUCCUUCCCCCUGCUGGGCCAGCCCGCUGUAGCCUGCAACAGCUCAGACGCUCCCUCCAAGACCUCCAGCACACUGAGCUGUUGUUCCAGAGGUAUCAGUGCAAUUUCAUCCACACUCUGGAGGUUGGCCGGCAGCUCUUCUCCAUGGGUGACGAGGAGACCCAGACUCAGCUUCAGACAGAUCUGGGAACCCUGCAGGAGGAGUGGGACAACCUCCACUGCCUGCUGGGCCGGAGGAUGGACCUCACCGAAGCUAUCAUCAAGAACUGGGAGCGCUGCGAGGCUGGGCUAACAGACAGCAUGCUGCAGCUAAAGGACAUGAAGACCAGACUCAACCAGUCGAUGCCAGAGAGUGACGAUGAGCUGCAGAGUGCUGAGAAAUUCACCAAGGAGAACGAGGACUCCCUGGAGGACUGGGCUGAGAGCCUGACAGAGCUGAGCACCAUGAAGACGGAUCUGUCCCAGUACAUCAUCGCAGACGAUGUCUUGCUGCUGCAGGAGCAGGUGGAGCACCUGCACUGCCAGUGGGAGGAACUCUGCCUCAAGGUGUCUCUGCGUAAACAGGAGAUCGCAGACCGUCUGAACGCAUGGAUCAUCUUCAAUGAGAAGAACAAGGAGCUGUGCGAGUGGCUAACGCAGAUGGAGAACAAGGUGGCGCACAACUCCGACCUUAACAUCGAGGAAAUGGUGGAGAAACUCAAGAAGGACUGCAUGGAGGAGAUCAACCUAUUCAGCGAGAAUAAAACCCACCUGAAGCAGCUCGGAGAACAACUCAUCACUGCCAGCAACAAGACAAAGGAGACAGAGAUCAACGACAAGCUGAGGGACAUCAACGACCGCUGGCAGCACCUGUUCGACCACAUAGAGGCCAGGGUGAGGAAGCUGAAGGAGACGCUGGUGACGGUGCAGCAGCUCGAUAAGAACAUGAGCAACCUGCGGACGUGGUUGUCUCGCAUCGAGGCGGAGCUGGCUAAGCCGGUGGUCUACGACGUCUGCCAUAGCGAUGAGAUCCAGAGGAAACUGGUUGAGCAGCAGGAUCUGCAGCGGGACAUCGAGCAGCACACAGAGAGCGUGGCGUCGGUGCUGACGCUGUGUGACGUCCUGCUCCACGAUGCUGACGCCUGUGGUGGCGACUCGGAGAAUGACUCGAUCCAGCAGACCACCCGCAGUCUGGACCGUCGCUGGAGGAACAUCUGUGCCAUGUCUAUGGAGAGGAGGAUGAGGAUCGAGGAAACCUGGCGUCUCUGGUGUAAGUUCCUGGACGACUACUCUCGCUUUGAAGACUGGCUGAAGACAGCUGAGUUCACCGCGGCCAACCCAGACUCUGCCGACGUCCUCUACACCAGCGCCAAGGAAGAGCUGAAGAAGUUUGAGGCUUUCCAGCGGCAGGUUCACGAGCGCUUGACUCAGCUGGAGCUGGUCAACAAACAGUACCGCCGCCUGGCCCGGGAGAACCGGACCGACGCCGCCAGCAAGCUCAAAGUCAUGGUCCACGAGGGGAACCAGCGGUGGGACACCCUGCAGAGGAGGGUGACCGCUGUACUCCGCAGACUCAAGCACUUUACCUCUCAGAGAGAGGACUUUGAGGGAACUCGUGAGGGGAUCCUGGUCUGGCUGACAGAGAUGGACCUCCAGCUCACCAACGUGGAGCACUUCUCUGAGAGCGACAUCGAGGACAAGAUGAGACAGCUCAACGCCUUCCAGCAGGAGAUCACCCUCAACACCAACAAAAUCGACGCCCUCAUCGUGUUCGGAGAGAACCUGAUCCAGAAGAGCGCUCCACUGGAUGCUGUGCUGAUCGAGGACGAGCUGGAGGAGCUGCACUCCUACUGCCAGGAGGUGUUUGGCAGGGUGGCUCGCUUCCACCACCGCCUCGUCAACAGACGCCCGGUGUUGGAGGAGGAGAGGGAACUAUCAGACCGGGACACAGACCUGGACGACUCCCCUGAUCUGACCAACGAGACUUCGUGGAGAAAACGAGGAAGGAAGGAGGAGGAGGUUCAAGCGGCAGGUGGAGUCUCUGCUGCACGGCACACCAUGUGCCACCUGCUGGCGCCUCCUCUGGAGCGGUCGGGAAGAGAGACCCCCGUCAGCGUGGACUCCAUCCCGCUGGAGUGGGACCACACUGUUGACGUGGGAGGAUCAUCAUCACACGAGGACGAUGAAGACGCCACAUUCUUCAGUGCUCUGUCAGAUGUGAAGGUCACAGAGAGCUCAGAGGCGUUUGUUAAAGCCACUGUCAGAGCAGUGAAAGCAGCCUCGGUGAAGUCGGUGACUGAUCCGCCCAGCUGGCACCAGCCUGGCUCUCCAGAGAGGAAACGAGUUCCCCGAGAAAUCAUCCGAGGCCUGAGCUCGUCUCCCACACACACCACCAGUACUCCCUUCCGCCAGCAGGGCUACGAUAAGCUCAUGUCGGAGUGCAGUGGCAGCAUCGACAACGUGGAGAGAAUCAAGCUGAUCCUCAACGACAAGGAGGAGCUGGAGGAUACAGGUCUGACCAGCAGCAUGGCCGACAAACACACCAGCACAGGUGUGAUCGAGCGCUGGGAGCUGCUACAAGCACAAAGGUUCACAAACAGCGAGACGGACAUCAAGCAGGACCUAGAGCAGUGGCAGAAGCUGAAUUCUGACCUCUGUGAUGUCACUUCCUGGUUGGGCAGGGUGCUGCCAGAGCUGGCGAGGCUGCAGCGGAUUGCACCAUCCACCAGCAUCCGAGACAUCGAGGUGAACAUCAGGAAACUAAAGGAGAUGCAGAAGACAUUCAACAGCUACAAGUGUCUGAUGAUCUCUGUCAACCUGAGCAGCCGUCACUUCCUGCGGGGCGACAGUGCUGAGCUGCGGGAGCUACAGGAAGCUCUGAGCUCAGCCAACCUGAGCUGGACACAGGCCUGCAGCGGCCUGGAGAGCUGGGAGAGGAGGCUGCACUCAGCACUCAUGCAGUGUCAGGAUCUACAGGAGGAACUACGCGGCCGUCAGCGACAGGUCUCCUCACUGCAGGAGAUCUCCUCUCAGCUCCUCCUGGAGGCCACCGGAGAGGACAGUGUGGAGGCCAAAGAGAAGGUCCACGUCAUUGGAAACAAACUGUGUCUCCUGCUGCGACAGGUGGCUGCUGACCUGCGCACACUGCAGGGAAGGCUGGAAAGCUGCUCGACCAGCUCUGAAAUGGACAGCAUCGGUCUGGGAACACUCCGCUCUCCUCUGCCGCUGAAUAAGGAGGAGGCCGGUCUUCAGGCAGCUACAGUCGGACAAACAGUAACCAGAAGGGAGGAGAGGAGGGAGUCUUCCCCACACCGACCCUUCUUCUACCGGGUUCUCCGAGCCGCCUUCCCCCUUCACCUGCUCUUCUUCGUGCUGCUGGUCCUGGCCUGCCUGGUGCCUCUGUCCGAGGAGGAUUACAGCUGUACACUGUCCAACAACUUCGCACGCUCCUUCUACCCCAUGCUGCGGUACACCAACGGCCCUCCGCCCACAUGAGCACUGCCUCGACGCCCGGCGGGAAAGUUCGUCUCUGACUUGUCCUGACGAGGGGGGGGGGGACUGAAAGAGGAAAAAAAAGAUGCAUCAGGUUGAGAUCCACAGACACCUUCUCCCUUCGACAGAAGAGAAGCACCGGCCUUCACGUCUGAGGGCCUCAUCACGUGGUUUUUGACUCUAAAUUUUAUUGGUGUAUUUAAAAAUGUAUUUAUUUAUUAUUGUGGUGCACCACAGUUAUUAAAAAAGAAGAAGCCAUAUUACUGGUCUGUUUUAAAGUUGUGAUUUUUAUAUGUAAUUUGCCAGUUAACGUCCCCAGCGAACAUCUGCAGCUCACGGUGCAAAGAAAAGAAAAAGGUCUCAAGAUUUAUUUGAUAUCUAGAUUUUGUACGUUCAUGAAAAGUCUGUGGUGUCGAGUUUGAAGGAUAAAGGAUGGUAAUUACCAAAGCAUCUAAAAACUGAGAGGUACACUAGACAUUUUCUACCACUGCAGCUAUUUUUACUGUUUUUCAUAGAAGGCGGCCACUCGUCGACAGCACAUUUUGUACAGAAAUGAAAAGAGUAGUAGUUGUUUGGUUUAGAGAUAUUUAAGAUGUGUAAGCUGUGACUGACUUCUUUUUUUAAAUGACGGCAGUGACUCAUCUGCAGACAUGCCUUUCUGUAGCCAAUAGAACUACCAUACUCUAUCAGAUACACAUGUACAUUAACUGUUAUUAAUGAAUUUUGUAUAUAAUGGCAAACUACUGAGAAAGAAACAGGUAAAUUAUUGUGUUUGAAUGUGGCACUGAAGCCUGUCAGGUUCACACACACAUUAUAAAACAGCCUUAUUGGCUUUUCCUUUUCUAAAGGCCACAGCAGAGAGCUGAAUUAUGGCGCUCCCUUUCUUGAGUCAGUAUAAUAAAAUGACUUGAGAUAUUUUCUUAUGAUUAUGUAAACUUUACAGCCAGGAGUUUGGAAGUUGUUAAAGAUUGUUAGCAAAUCACUGAGCCUGAAGGUUUUACAUAGAUCCUCAGAUUAAAGCUACAUUAAGGAAUUUCGUGACAACUAGGAGGCAGAAAGUCUCUGAACACACUACCAGAAACAUAAGCAUACAGCUAAUCAAGUGCUGACAGACAGAGCAACAUUAUCAUCUACACCUGAAGAAACAUCUGGCUGUUAAACAGAUGUUCCACUUUUAUGGUCUGUCUGCUGUUGGUGCUGGACAGGCAGCUGUUAAACCAAAACUGCUACUUAACUAAAAGCUUUGUAUCGAUACAGAGUUAAAGAGAGUUUAUUCUCACAUUAUGCAUUAAUACUGAACACUGAUGCAGCAAUAUUAACUGAGGCUCAGACAAAAAAGACACCGUUACAUCGUCUCAUGUCAGAAACUCUAAACUCCUGUAAGGAUUAUUUUAAGUCGUUCAGAUCUUACCCUGUGUUACCCACGUUGCCCCGUGAAUAAAGUAAAGCCCUGUAAUCAAACAUCAACAGGUGAGGACAGAAAAUCAUUUUUAAAAUAUAUUUUGUUGUUGGUGGUGAUGUACAUGUGGGAUUUACCUGAACGCUGCUGAAAACACUUCUUCUUCCGUGCAGUUGAGGGACUGGUGUCAAAAUCUGUAACAGGUCAGACUCAGUAGAACAUGAAUGUAAGCAGUUCUUUGGGCAUUGAAUGUAGCCGUGUACAUGCACAAUCAAAUAUUGUUAACUGUCGCUAAUUUACAAUGUUAAUCUACAUAUUACUGAGGAUUUUGUGUCAUUUGGUUUGAAAUCAGUGUUUGAUCCUGAUUUGUACAGAAGCUCAGCCUCACUGCUCAGAGGGCCAACAGAACACAAACAACACAGACGUGUGGAAAGUUUGAUUUAUUUUGUGAACACUUAUUUAUGGGAUGUAUAGAUUGUCAUUACUGAUCGACAAUAAACUGUGUUUGCCAUGA